UAUGCUGUCACGUACGGUGUGCAUGUGCCGCGGUCCAAUGUCAACCCCGACCUUCGAAUUCCGGCUCAGGUCCAUGGUCGGCUUGAACACAGGGUUCAUCGCGCCAUAUAUCAUAUCAUUUACCUAUCGAUCACAUGAGGCAUUUCGCACGUGCGAUAGAAGCAACGUAGAGGCGGUUAUAUAACAGGAGCUGUCAUAACCAGACCCCUAUAACACCCUGCCGCGGUGACAUGGCUUUUGAAAGUGCGAUCGAUAUCAGCUCAGUGGCAAGAAAUUGGAGUUACGUCCCUUUGUGCGUCGUCUGCUCGUCGAUCUUGGCCCGUGACAAUGUUUUACUAACAAGCAUGAAAAGCCUGACGGCCAUGGCUGUUGUGUAUGCUGCACUAACAAGCCCUGUCUCCAGUGGCGACAAAUGCGUCGGUGGCGACGUCAACGGCUGUACGACGUUGUUCAAGUGGGUGCCCUACCAAUCCACCUUCACAUCGUCCUGUAACAGGCACGAUGUAUGCUAUGCGUGUGGAUCGAAAUAUUUCAAGUCACAAGAAGAAUGCGAUAAGGCCUUCAAAACAAACAUGAAAGCAGAGUGCAGCAACUUUUCGUGUAAACUAUGGGCCAAUCUUUACUACCUGGCAGUGCGGACGUUCGGGAGGUUCUACUACAAAGAUCCGCACAAGACGUGGUGUGGCCAAGCAUGGGUCCUCAAAUGCCUGUGAUGAAUGUCUCCGCUUUGCCAGGAAAUAAAAUAGCUGAACAGCUAAAUGUCAUGUACGUGCAGUGAUUACUAUAAAGUUAAAACAUGUUAAGGACCACCCGAUUCUCACACAUUCCUAUAGUUAAUCCGUCAUGCCAUGGCAGAUUAACUACAGUAAUAUGAACGAAUCGGGCGGUUCUUAACUUGUUUUAGUAGUAUAUAUUGUGCUUUACUUCUGUCAACGUGAACGGGGCGGUGUGGGUAGCCUAGUGGUUAAUGCAUUCGCUCUUCACGCCGAAGGCCCGGGAUCGAUUCCUUACAUGGGUACGACGCCUAUGCCUGGUGUCACCAGCCGUAAGAUUAGUUGUUUUGAAACUUUCGCAUCUAGAUCAGGAGUAUCUACAUUUCAUUGUUGUCUGUUUGUUUCUACUAGAAAUGCGUAUACAUUUAAAUUGUCAAAUUGUCAUGACAUGAUGAGUAUAUUACUGAUAGAUCCUUUUGUAUUGAACGUCGUGCUAUGGCUGAAAGCCUUUGCGACGUAAAACUUCAUAUUUCCAUUCCGUUCCUUUUGUAUUUUAUACUACUACUGCUGCCACUGUGGUUAUUACCACUGUUAUUACAAUAUAUCUAUUACAUGUCAAGCAUCAUAUUAGUUAUCCAAUAAUUAUAUAAUGCGCUGUACAGCUGUAAAUGAUAUUGUUUAUCUGUAUGUGUAUAUGGGCCAAUGGCCUUUCAUACAAUAAAGAUUGAUUGAUUGCCGGAAGAAGGUGGAAUGAGAGCCAAUUUACUUACGCAACAUCAACAUUACCGUUCAUAGAGAGUGGUGCAAACCUAGAAACAUUAUCGGGGCAAAUCGGGAUCGAACCGACAACCACAGGUUUCUGGCGUGCCCAAGGGACGCAACUCUGCACAGCGAAUUGCGGCGCCUUUUACGAGUGGGCCAACAGUGCCCCCUUAUAAUGGCUAAGACAAUGAUGUGGUAUAAUACUCCCAAUUGCUAGAUGUCAUUUUGAAGUAUAUAAUAUCUCUGCCUCCAUACUUCAUAUAAACGAAAUGUUUUUCAGGAAUCAAAAUAUAACAAGUAACAACAAGACUGCGACAAGGCCUUUAAAAAUACACAUGAAAACGGAGUGCAGCAAAAUUACUGGGACCGCACGGUUUUGAGUUCCGCUUAUUUUUUAAUGUUUUUUUUAAGUAUCUUAUUUACAAUACAGAAAGACGCUCGGUUAAAACUGAAAGUAUGUUCACGACAACAACAUUUAUGGUUUUAUGUUGGAGGUUUAUGUUGCCUUCAGUUUCCAUUUGUGAAUAGAAUAUGAAAGUCAUAAACUAUCAGAUCUUUUUGAACUGGAUCACGUGUAUUUUUUUAUCACUUUUCUGUUUCUAUAAUUACCGGUGGUGCAGGACAUGAUUUUACUUUUCGCAAACACUUGG